GACGCAUUACAUAAAAAUCGCAUUACAGUGGUUUUUCUUUUUUUUUCUAAAUUGUCAAUAAUUAUCAUGUAAAAUAUGCCAUGUAGUGUAAAAAAAUGCGUAAGCAAUCUUAAAUCAAAAAGUAAAGUUCAUUCUUUCCGGUUUCCUCUAAAUGAUAAAAAUCGUCUUGACAAAUGGAUUGCUGCCGUUGGAAAACCGGAUUGGAAACCGACAAAAGCAAGCAGAAUUUGUAAUCUGCAUUUUAAUAAAAAGGAUAUUAUAGAAGGGAUGGGAUAUCAACGUUCUUAUUUACGUAAAAAUGCUGUACCAAAAGAUUAUUCUUCAUUUGUUACAGAAAAUGGACUGGUUGAUACUGUAAUGUUAAAGCCAAAAAAGGUCUGCAAUACUACAAGUAUUAAUAAAUCUAUAAACAUUAAUGAAACUUGUAGCUUGGAGAAAAGUGUUGCACGGGAUAGCAAUAAUUUAAAGAAUAAUGUUAGCAUGAUUGAAAAUAAUAGAUCAAAUACAUUUGAUAUUCGAAACCAAAAUCAAUCAGUUCAAAAAACAAUUCUUCACCCUAACACAUUUCUCACAAAUGAAAAAUACAAAUUUAUUCGAACUUAUUCAAAAGAGAUCUGCAAUUCUGCAAGCGUUAAAUCUGUAAGUUCUAGUGAAACUUGUGUUUUUGACAAAAAUGCUGUACGAAAUCACACUAAUUUAAAGAACGAUGUUAACACUACGAUUGAAAAUUAUGGAUUGUGUAUAUUUGACACUGAAAAUCGAAAUCAAUCGAUUAAAAAUACAAUUUCUCACCUAGAUAAAAAAUGCAAUUUUUUUCGAUCUGAUUCAAAUGAGAUCUACAAUUCUGUAAGCAGUAAUAAAUCUGUAAGUUCCAAUGAAACUUAUGUCUCAGAGAAAAGUGUUGCAUUAGAUCACAACUACUCAAAGUAUCAUAAUGUUAUUAUGAAAAAAAAUGAUGGAUCAAAUAUAUUUGGCACUCGAAAUCCAAAUCAGCAAGCAAUUCUUCAGCCAGGUCAAAAACGUAAAUUUAUUCGAAUUGGUUUAAAAAAUGUGCCUACUUUGCCCAGUUCCAUUAAUUUCAACUAUAAAAUAAGAAGAGAAAUAGAUUUUAUUAAUGCAACAAAAAAAAUUAAUGAAUUAUCAAAAAAUGUCAAAGAUAUGAAAGUAAAGAAUAAAACAUUACAACAGAAGUUGAGAAGAUAUAACGAAAAAGUUACUAUAAUAAAAAAAUUGUUUGACCUAUUGCAACAGGAAAAACUGAUUUCUGGUGACUCUUUACAAUUAAUAAGGAAACAACUUGAACGUCUUAUAUUACAAACUUCCCAAAAUAAAGAUAAAAAUGAAAAUCGGCUACAAAUAAGAAAAAAUUGAAGGUCGGUGUUAUACA